AUGGCGCAGGACAAGAAGCUGAAGGAUGCGAUCCACAAUAAGCUCGUCGAGACGGGCGAGUACGACCGGCUCAAGGAGCUGCUGCGGCAACGGCUGGUCGAGUCGCAGUGGCGCGACAGCCUCAAGCAAUACACGAUGGACCUGAUCAAGAAGAAGGGCGGCGAUACACCAUUUACCGUCGAGCAGCUUACGCAUGAGAUCACGCCGCAAGGAAGAGAAACCGUGCCGGACGACGUCAAGUCGGAGCUCCUCGCCGAGAUCCGCCGGUUCGUCGAGGGCCUCGACUCAUCCGUGCAGGCGGGAGUGGAGUCUUAGCCUGAUCUUCCUCCUAACUUUUGUGUGAUGUAACUCCGUCUGGGACAAACUUGACAAGCGCGGGCGAGGGAGCGAGAGGAUACACGAGAGCCGUGAGGUGUGUGGCCGUGUGUCUCUGCUCACACACACCUGCUGCCUGCUG